AUGCCCAAGGAGGAAUUGCUAUCCACCUGCAAGUUCCCAGGUGCGAUCAAUCUCACCAUUUCGCCAGACUUCAUCGGAACCACGUGGCGGGGGUGGGGAACUUCGCUGUCGUGGUUCGCGAAUUACGUCGGCGGAUUGCCGCCGAAGCAGCUGAACGCCAUGCUCGACCUUAUCUUCGACCCGAUCAACGGCCUCGGACUGAACAUCGUACGUUUCAACAUCGGAGGGGGGCAUAACGAUAAACGCAGCCCGCAGUUUCAUCAGAGCUUGGAGGCGUAUUGGAGGGGAAUGCCAGGUUACAAGCCGACAAUGUAUGGUCCGUACGAUUGGAACGCCGACGUGCGGCAGCGGAAUGUGCUGUUGGGAGCGAAGGCGAGAGGCGCGAAUGCCUUCGAAGCGUUUUCUAACAGCCCGCCCUGGUGGAUGACCCAGUCGGGUGACGUGGCAGGUGCGUACUCGAAAGGGAGGACGAAUCUGCUACCUCAGAACGAGAAGGCUUUCGCAGACUACUUGACGACAGUCGUGGCGGAGUUUGCGAAAAGGUGGGGGGUUACCUUCGAUGCGUUGGAGCCGUUUAACGAGGCGCUGGAAGCUUUUUGGAAGGUCGGGAAGGAACACGAGGGGUGUACAUUCAAUCCGCCCGAGAUGGGGCGAGUCAUAAAGUACACUUCAGACUCGUUACAAGCGAAGGGGUUGACAACGAAGUUGGUGGGGGUGGACAGCUGGGAUGGAACGACAGCGCAGCUACCUAAGAUCGCGAACCAUGAGCUACUAACGCGGAUAAACGUGCAUGCGUACGUUAAUCAGUACUUGAAGGAGGGUGUGGCUGCGACUUACGAAAUCAGAUAUGGCAGCAUACGCGACACGGCGAAGCAGUUGGGGAGGGAGGUGUGGGUUAGCGAAGCGGGAGCGUUGGGGAAAAGCGGGAGCUUCUGGGACCUUUCACUGUACAUGGCGCGGAACGUUAUCGAGAGCGUCAAUAUCAUGGAGGCUUCUGCGUACCACGUCUGGCAGGCGUACGAUUUCGCGGCGCAUUGGUCACUUAUCGACUUCCCACCGGAUUAUCCACCCGGCUACAGAGGCGAAAUGACGAUGCCUAAAGCGAAUAGAAGGUUUUGGAUUUUCAAGCAUUUCACCAUGCUUGCCAAACCUGGAUCCAAGCCGCUGAAGCCCAAGGGAGAAUUGCUCCCCACCUGCAAGUUUCCAGGGGAGAUCAACCUCACAAUCUCGCCAGACUUCAUCGGAACCACGUGGCGAGGGUGGGGAACUUCGCUCGGGUGGUUCGCGAAUUACGUCGGCGGAUUGCCGCCGAAGCAGCUGACCGCGAUGCUCGACCUUAUCUUCGAUCCCAUCAACGGGUUAGGUCUCAACAUCGUGCGUUACAACAUUGGAGGGGGGCACAACAAUACACUCAGCCCGCAGUUUAACCAGAGCUUAGAGGCGCAUUGGCGUGGCAUGCCAGGUUACAAGCCGACGAAGGACGGGCCGUACGAUUGGAGCGCGGACCAACGGCAGCGGAAGGUGCUGCUGGGUUCGAAGGCGAGAGGCGCGAAUGUCUUCGAAGCGUUUUCGAACAGCCCGCCUUGGUGGAUGACCAGAUCGGGUGACGUAGGAGGUGCGGUUAAGGGGGGGGAGACGAAUAUGCGGCCUGAUUACGAAGACGAUUUCGCAGACUACUUGACGACGGUCGUGGCGGAGUUCGCGAAAAGAUGGAACGUUACUUUCGAUGCAUUGGAGCCGUUUAAUGAAGCGCUGGAGGGGUUUUGGAAGGCAGGAGAUGAUCACGAGGGGUGUACAUUCAAUCAGCCCGAAAUGGGGCGAGUCAUAAAGUACACUUCAGAGUCGUUACAAGCGAAGAAUUUGACUACGAAGUUGGUGGGGGUGGACAGCUGGGAUGGCACGACAGCGCAGCUACCUAAGAUUUCGAAUCAUGAGCUACUAACGCGGAUAAACGUUCAUGCGUACAUCAAUCAGUACUUCAAGGAGGGUGUGGAUGUGACUUACGAGGUCAGAUACGGCAGCAUUCGCGACACGGGGAAGAAGCUGGGGAGGGAGGUGUGGGUCAGCGAAGCGGGAGCGUUAGGGAAAAACGGGAGCUUUUGGGACCUUUCACUGUACAUGGCGCGAAACGUUAUCGAGAGCGUCAAUAUCAUGGAGGCUUCUGCGUAUCACGUAUGGCAGGCGUACGAUUUUGCUGCACAUUGGUCGUGCAUCGACUUUCCCCCAGAUUAUCCACCCGGCUACAGUGGCAAAAUGGUGAUGCCUAAGGUGAACAAAAGGUUUUGGAUUUUCAAGCAUUUCACCAUGCUUGCCAAACCUGGAUCCAAGCCGCUGAAGAAGGCAGUAGACCGGCCGGUGGUGAUAGCUCUAGACGGUUUUAUGAGGAACGUGGCCCUCCUUGGAAUUGCCGCGCACCCGAAACCAGUGACGGCAGCACGCCGCGCCGGCGGCGCCGAUGGCAACAAGCGGGCCCCGCCCCCAGAUCUAUUGCCCGCUUUUGAAUUGCUAUCCACCUGCAAAUCUAAAGGUGCGAUCAAUGUCACGCUUUUGCCAGAAUUCGUCGGGACCACGUGGCGAGGGUGGGGGACUUCGCUCGCGUGGUUCGCGAACUACGUCGGCGGCUUGCCGCAGCAGCAACUGACCGCGAUUCUUGAUCUUAUCUUUGAACCCAUCUACGGUCUCGGGCUGAACAUCGUGCGUUACAACAUCGGAGGGGGGCACAACGAUACACGCAGCCCGCAGUUUCAUCAAAACUCGGAUGUUGUUUGGCGGGGGAUUCCGGGUUACAAGCCGACAAAGGACGGGCCGUACGAUUGGAGCGCGGACGAGCGGCAGCGGAACGUGCUGCUGGGAGCGAAGGAGAGAGGCGCGAAUGUCUUCGAGGCCUUUUCGAACAGCCCGCCCUGGUGGAUGACCGUAACGGGUGACGUGGCAGGCGCGGUUUGGAAAGGGGCGACAAAUUUGUUGCCUGAGUACGAGAAGGCUUUCGCAGACUACUUGACGACAGUCGUGGCGGAGUACGCGAAAAGGUGGAAAAUUAGAUUUGACGCGUUGGAGCCUUUUAAUGAGGCGCUGGAGGGGUUCUGGAAGGUUGGAAAAGAACACGAGGGGUGUACAUUCAAUCCUCCUGAGAUGGGCCGCUUCAUCAAGUACACCUCGGACUCGUUAAAGGCUAAGGGGCUUAAAACGAAGCUGGUGGGGGUGGACAGCUGGGAUGGCAUGACCGCACAGCUACCUCAGAUCGCGAAUCAUGAGCUACUAACGCGGAUAAACGUUCAUGCGUACGUGAACAGUUAUCACGAGGCAAGUGUGGCUGCGACGUACGAGAAACGUUUCGGCAGUAUUCGCGACACGGCAAAGUUGCUGGGGAGGGAGGUGUGGGUUAGCGAAGCGGGAGCGCUGGGCAAACGCGGGAGCAAUUGGGACCUUUCACUGUACAUGGCGCGAAACGUUAUGGAGAGCAUCAAUAUCAUGGAGGCUUCGGCAUACAUGCUAUGGCAGGCGUACGAUUUCGCAGCACAUUGGUCAUGCAUCGAUUUCCCGCCGAAUUAUCCGGCGAAUUACACUGGCGAAAUGGACAUGCCUAGAGCGAACAAGCGGUUUUGGAUUUUCAAGCAUUUUACUUUGCUUGCCGGACCUGGAACCAAGCCGCUCAGGAUAGGUUCGGACUGCUGGCACGGCAUGAGCGCGUUCUACAGCCCCAGCGAAAAGCGGGUUACUGUAUUCGUCGUGAAUCAGAAGGCGGAGGACCGGCACGUGACGAUUAAUCUAGACGGGUUUACGAUGAACGUGGGGGGAACUACCAAGGUUGUUGUAAGGCGGACGACUUGGUCUACAGAUUUCACCGUCAAGGUGUACAGCAAGCAGGUAGCGAGGCUGAUUGUAUGGGGGCAGAGCUUCGCUUCUGUCACCUUCACUAACGUGUCAUAUUAA